GCUCUGGCUAAUGGUUAUCCACUGCAACAAGAAAAAUCGUUUUUAAUGGCUUGAGGUGAAGAAGCCCAAUAACGGGCUCCGUUGCUGCGCUGUUCCGCCUCUCUCGCUGUCAUCACUAAGCCGAGUCGUGUUAUGAUGACAACAAGAAUAUUUAGCCGGUGGAUGGAGAAUAUCUGAAUCUUAAACCCUGCCUUUAUCGUGUAUUUUCACGCAAACAGCUAGAUUAGUGUGUUGCCAGCGCAUUCCCCGGUCCUCCUCCUCCUCCUCCAGCUCCCAGUGUGCCGCGCUGACCGACUGCCGCAGCCUGACAACCGCUACACAGUCUCCGGCAAGAUGCUACUGCCACACUCCGGUCUGCUUAUCGGCGUUCUCUGGAUUGUCAUCUUCAAUUCCGCUGGUGUGAAAUGUCUGAACGGCGAAGAAGAUCAGUCUCAAGACAUGGAGUGCAAAAUGAAAAGCGUUACGGUAUCCGCUUUGCCGUUUUUGCGAGAGAACGACCUGAGCAUCAUGCACAGCCCGUCGGCCUCCGAGCCCAAGCUGCUAUUCUCCGUCAGGAACGAUUUUCCGGGCGAGAUAGUCGUUGUUGACGAUUUGGAAAAUACGGAGCUCCCGUACUUUGUAUUGGAGAUCUCUGGGAACUCUGAAGACAUCCCGCUGGUGCGCUGGAGGCAGCAGUGGUUGGAAAAUGGCACUUUGCUCUUCCACAUCCACCACCAGGACGGCAGUCAGACCCUGCCUGGCCCGGCGGCCACCGCUUACCCCGCUAGCGACUCCGCCGAGGAGGAGCUUCGCAUCCUGCACAUCUCUGUCAUGGGUGGUAUGAUCGCUCUUCUGUUGUCCAUCCUGUGUUUGGUGUUGAUCCUGUACACUCGUAGACGCUGGUGCAAACGUCGUCGGGUACCUCAGCCCCAAAAGAGCGCUAGUGCUGAAGCAGCCAAUGAGAUUCAUUACAUCCCCUCGGUGCUGAUGGGAGGACAGGCCCGGGAAAGUUUGAGAAAUUCUCGCGGGCAGGGUCACAACUCGAGCGGCACCCUCAGCAUCCGUGAGACUCCGAUCUUAGACGGGUAUGAGUAUGAUAUCACCGACCUACGACACCACCUGCAGCGGGAGUGCAUGAAUGGCGGAGAGGACUUCACCAGUCAGGUGACACGUACACUUGACUCACUUCAAGGGUGCAAUGACAAAGCUGGCAUGGACCUCACUCCAGGGAGUGAUAGUACAAAACUGUCCCUAAUGAGCAAGUACAAGGAUAACAUCAUAGCUACCAGUCCUGUCGACAGCAAUCACCAGCAAAACACGCUCCUCCUACACAACGCCACCACCAACCAGCGUAAGCGUCUGUCCAGCAAAACGCAUGCGGGUUCAGCCUUCCUGAACCCGGAUGGGGACUCUGGAACGGAGGCGGACAGUGAGCCGCAGUUGACCUUCUACACCGACCCAAACCGCAGCCGCCGUCGCAGUCGAGGUUCCCCACGGAGCCCUAUCAACAAGACCACCCUGACUUUGAUCAGCGUGGUGAGCUGUGUGAUCGGCCUGGUCUGUGCAUCUCACCUCUCCUGUAGCCUCAACGUCAGAGUCAUACUCCAUGUACCAGAGCACCUCAUUGCAGACGGCUCCAGAUUCGUUCUGCUUCAGGGCAGCCAGCUGGAUGCUUCUGAUUGGCUGAACCCAGCCCAGGUGCUGCUGUACUACCAGCAGAACGCAAGUGGCCCCUGGGUCAAUGAUCUGUGUGGCCGCCGUCUCUUGGAUCCCUGUGAGCACCAAUGUGACCCAGAUACAGGAGAAUGUCUCUGUUUCGAUGGCUACAUGAAGGACCCUGUUCACAAGCAUCUAUGUAUUCGCAAUGAAUGGGGCCCAAAUCAGGGCCCAUGGCCAUACACGAUUUUCCAGCGUGGCUUUGACUUGGUGAUGGGAGAGCAACCAUCUGAUCGUAUUUUUAGAUUCACAUAUACUCUUGGAGAAGGCAUGUGGCUGCCACUUAGCAAAAGCUUUGUCAUUCCUCCAGCUGAGCUGGCCAUCAACCCUUCUGCCAAGUGCAAGACAGAUAUGACUGUCAUGGAGGACGCAGUGGAUGUCAGGGAGGAGCUGAUGAUUUCUUCGUCCUUCGACAGUCUGGAGGUGCUGCUCGACUCUUUUGGGCCUGUGCGAGACUGUUCAAAAGACAACGGAGGCUGCAGCAGAAAUUUCCGUUGCAUCUCUGAUCGCAAGCUGGACUCUACUGGCUGUGUGUGUCCUCCUGGUUUGAGCCCGAUGAAGGAUGGCACUGGUUGCUAUGACCACCACAUUGGCAUUGACUGUUCUGACGGCUUUAAUGGGGGCUGUGAGCAGCUGUGCCUCCAGCAGCUGGCACCUCUGGAGGAGGACCCUACUCUCUACAACAUCCAGAUGUUCUGCGGAUGUAUUGAAGAUUAUAAGAGAGGAGCAGACGGCCGCUCAUGUCAGCCGCUGUCAGAAGCCUGCACUGAGGGAGUGGACUGCGGGGACACAGCUGACAUCCCAGCCAACCAGACUGUGUUUGGGGACCUCUUCUACGGCUACAAUAACCACACCAAAGAGAUUACAUCAGGACAGAUCCUGAAGGCCACCUUCAGGCAGAAAAACUUUGCCCGUGGCAUCGAGCAGCAGCUCCCGGAUGGGAUGGUGGUGGCGUCUGUGCCGACUGAAGCCCAGUGUCACGAGGAGCUGUCUGACCCGGUGCCUGAUCCAGAGUACCUCACUGGUAUGGUGAACUACAGUGAGGUUACUGGGUACCCACUGGUUCAGCACUGGAAGCUACGGUCCAUUAUGUACCAUGUGAAGCUCAAUCAGUGGACCCUCUCCCAAGCCUUCAGUUCAGCAAUUCAUUCACUGGAUGGGGCCACCCUGCGCGGUGACUUUGUGUCCAUUUUAAAAGAGUUUGGCAACCAUUUUAUCCAGGAGGCAGUGUAUGGCUUUGAGGAAUCCUGUACCAUAUGGUAUCCCAACAAGCAAGUCCAACGCCAGCUGUGGUUGGAAUAUCAAGAUAUCAGCAAAGGAAACUCUCCGUCAGACGAGUCGGAGGAGCGGGACAAAGAACCACGCACGCUUACUUACCCAGCAUACAUUGCCAGCCUGCUGGACUCGGGUGCCAAGCGCAUGGCGGCAGGGGUGCGCAUGGACUGCAGCAGCCAGGGCCAGUGCCCUCUGUCCUGUCACCUCUGCCACAUGAGCCCUGGGCCUGCACGUCCUGCAGAACCUGUGCUGCUCAACAUCACUAAAGCCACGCCGAUCUACGAACUGGUCAACAGCAACGAGACCUACCAGGCUCUGCAGGAGGCCAUGAUGAGUGUACUGUGGUGCUCUGCUAAAGGUGAUGUUAUUGAUGACUGGUGUCGAUGUGAUUCCAGUGCUUUUGGCACAGAUGGACUUCCGACAUGUGCUCCUCUGCCUCAACCUAUGCUCAAGCUAUCCCAUUCAUAUGAGCCCAGCAGUUCAUUGAUCAUCAUAGAAUGGAAUCAUGCAGAGCCACCAAUCGGGGUGAGAAUUGUUGAUUACCUCAUCAGUCAAGAGAAGGUGACAGAGCGGACUGAUCACUCCAAAGUUGAGACAGAGACUAUGUUGAGUUUUGUGGAUGACAUCAUGUCGGGGGCCAAAUCUCCAUGUGUGAUGCUCGGGGACAUCCAUGAUCCCCUCUCAUCUAUCUCACUGAUCAUGCGAUGCCUGGAGCCAGACACCACAUACAUGUUUCGGCUGUGGGCGGUGGACAACACGGGUCGGCGUUCCAGUCCGAGUGAGGUGACAAUCAAAACUCCCUGUCCUGCCGUGGAUGACGUCAAGGCUCAAGAAAUAGCAGACAAGAUUUAUAACCUGUUCAACGGCUACACCAGUGGCAAGGAACAGCAGACCGCCUAUAACACGCUCAUGGACCUGGGCUCACCAACCCUCCACCGAGUACUUUACCACUAUAACCAGCGCUAUGAGAGCUUUGGAGAGUUCACUUGGCGCUGUGAAGAUGAACUGGGGCCCAGGAAAGCAGGAUUGAUCCUGUCUCAGCUGGAUGAACUCAGCGGUUGGUGCCGGGGUCUCCUCCAGGAACCAAAAAUUGGCUUGCGCAGAGCAUCUCUCAAAUAUCUGUCUUGUCGUUAUACAGAUACCAAAGCAUUCGGGCUCAGCUGGGUGAAUCUCGGCCAAGACUUACGUAAGGCCUGUGAAGAUCAGAUGCUCUCCGUUAUGUACAAUGAUUAUGGAGAACCCAAGGAACUUUAAACAAUUUGGACAACAAGAGGACUAGUCAGGGGUUGUACCUAAACACAGCCUCCCCUUUAGGGCUUCUCUCUAGAGAAUCUGCUCCAUCAGUUUUAACAUUAAUUGGUCAUUUAAUGAUGAAAAAGAAAAUCUAUUGUGGGAACGUGAGCAGUCCAUUCUGAUUUUUCAAGAAGCAUUCUAGUGAUGUGGGCUGGAACAUACAAAUGUACAGUGUACAGUCAAAGGAAAGUUGCAUUGACGUAUCAUUUAGAACUAGUGGUGUAUUUUGUCAAAUAGUGCAUACACCAGCUUGUAUAGGUAGGACUUUUUCACAAGAACUAAAACUGUAUCUUCUCAAUGUGCUGAAAAUGUCUGUCUCUGUAGUGCAUAUAGGUAUGGAAAGAGCUAUAGCAAAUGUAAAUGUUAAUUAAUUAUUAAAUAUAUUACUAAUGUGCUGAAUGUAGUAUUCAAACUAAGGUAUGCGAGGUCAAGAAACUGUACAGAAGUUUUUUAAAGUAUAAGCAGUAUUAUGAAAAUAAUCAUUUUAAAGUUGUGUAUAAUAACAUGUCUUGUUUAUGUUUGAUUUCCUAUUCCAAAUAAAAGUGCCCAAAUUAAA